UGCAAUACACACGUGCUUACGGCCAGCCGCGGCGCCUGCGCCGUAGCGGCCUGGAGUCGGUGCGCGUAGGACGUUUCUCGCACCUUGACUCCGGCCCUCCGCGAGAGCCUGUUUGUGCUUUAGUGUCCUGUGCACACACACCUUGCAAGCGACGGCGCCAUGACUCUGACUUCCAGCGUACGAGUUGAAUGGAUCGCAGCAGUUACUAUUGCUGCUGGGACAGCUGCAAUUGGUUAUCUAGCUUACAGAAGGUUUUAUGUUAAAGAUCAUCGCAACAAAUCUAUGGUAAACCUUCACAUCCAGAAAGACAAUCCCAAGAUAGUACAUGCUUAUGACAUGGAGGAUUUGGGAGAUAAAGCUGUGUACUGUCGUUGUUGGAGGUCCAAAAAGUUUCCAUUCUGUGAUGGAUCUCACACAAAACACAAUGAAGAGACUGGAGACAACGUGGGACCUCUGAUCAUUAAGAAAAAGGAAACUUAAAUGGACAGUUUUGAUGCUGCAAACCAACUUGUCAUGAUGUCAUCUGACUGUUUAAUUAGAAUGACUACCACCUCUGUUCACCUCCCCUGGGUUCUAGAUGUGAUGUAUUGCAAAUUGCAGCUUUCAUAUUCACGGCAUUUGCCUUAUUUGUUGAACCAUCGUGGUGCACAUUUGUUUAAACAAAAAAAGGAAAAAGUAAAAACCAACCUCAUGGCCUGUGGGUUAUUUUGGUCUUGUAAGGAUCCGUUUCUUUAUGUUUAAAAUAAUUAUAUUAGAAUAUAGUUGUAUGUCGAAGUUAACAUAUAUUCUCAAAAUCAUGUAUAUGCAGGUUGUACUUAGAAGUUUCAAAGAAAAUUAUCACCUUUUAAUAUUACUUAGUUAACCUAGAAAGUAAAUUGGAUGUGAUUAAGCUAUAUUAAUGUCUUAAUAUGACCUUGAUUCUCUUCUUGACAGAGUUGAUGAUAUGGAAACUAUAGCUUCCAUGUUUUCAUAGUUUUUAAUCAAAAUGAACUUGGAAUGUUAUUCUGCUUAGUUACAAGUGGGCCAGGUCUAAAAUAAAAGGGUGCAGUAGCUUCUUUAUUCAUUUUAUAGGUAUUUAAUUGACCUAUUAAAGGAACCAUACUGGAAAUUUAGAUCAAAGUGAUAUUAGACUUAAAGUAGUCAUGAAGAAAGUCUUAAGAUGUAAUGUUACAGAAUUCUAUUCCAAGAAGUGGCAAGCACUCAAAGCAGGGACAUUGAAGGAAUUGGAGCACAUGAUGUCAGAUCUCUUGAACAGAAAGCCAUGCAUCCAUGACAGAAAUAGUAGUCACAAAGCUAGAUCAAAGACACAGGUAGAUUUAUUUCCCACUCUUGAUAAUCAGGCACACAGCUGUUCUCAGUAAAGAAGCUAUUUGGGGGAGAAAAGUAAUUACAUUUUCUUAAAUUGUGCGAUCUUAAAGGCAAAAGUUUGAAGACAAGUUUUUAUUUAUAUAAUAUUCUUCAAAGACUCAGACCAGAAACAUUACAUUCAUUCCUGAUUCAGAAAAAAAAAUGUGAAAACUGAAAAUAAUUAGGAGCAAUAAAAAUAUUAAGACAGGAAUUGUUAAUAUGUGUAUUUUUAAAGAAAUUAGUUCUUUUAUGGGUUAGAAGGAAAAAUUGGGACAGAAUAUUUACAUAACAAUUCAACAAGGUAACAAAAAUAUUCUCAUUUUUUUAGUAUACUUGAAUUCUCAGUAGUCAUCACGUUUCUACGUGCUAAAAUCCAAAAUUACCUUGAAAAUCACUGGAAUCAAACCAAGUAUUAGCAUUUCUAUAUUAUAUAUGAUCACAGAUAUUUUUUAAAAUGUACAAUGUUGUAUAUUACAGUAGGUAAAGUUUAUACCAAAAUUGCGUAUACUGGUUUUAAGCAGCCCAUGUGACUUAUUUGGAUGUGUUUUUAAGGCACAUUUUGAAUACAAAAUCUAAAAUACUACAAACCCUGAUUCUGCCUAUCAGUUUCUUGAGGUGAAUUUCUUUCUGUGCCUCUGCCCCCUGUUUUAAGUAAAUAGGAGUGGGUCUGCAAAAGAAGCAUCAUACUUUUACAGGUUAAUUGUUUUAAAAAUAAACCCAUGAACUCCCAGUUUCUGAUAAUGGGACAUCCUUUUAACAGACUAAACUGUAUUCUUAAUUUUGAAUUUGAAAUUACAUUGUUAGUCAUGCAUUUUUAUAGCUAGUGCAGGGAGGGGGGAAAUUAGUGCCAAUUCUCAAAACUUUCAAAGGAAUAAGAUUAAGUGUAUGUUUGUGGUGGAAUUAGAAUUGAUAGCUGAAUUGAAAUGCAGAUCUACAUACAGCAUUUUGAUAGUUCAAACAAUUAGAUAAAUGUAUCCCCAGGGUCAUGUUAAAAUUUUGUUACAUGCUCUUGAACUAUAAUUCCUUUAAGAUAUUAAAACUUCCAUGUUACUUAA